UUACACGGAUCUGCCAUCUGCAUUUUCCGAAGCCCAUAGCCGAGGUCGCUUCCCCGCUUUGCACUACACAACAUUUUCAACAUUACAGCAGCCGUCUCCCUUCGAACUUGUGGAGUUUGCCGAAGAUGCUCCACCCACGGCGAUUGAUCACGGCUGUCGGCAUCUCUCGUCUGUGACUGGCGGGUUGCUACAAAUGGUAGGCAGCCCCCGGCGCCGACCUCAAUGCACCACCGCGUCAACGUUCCAUGAACUAUGACGGCCUGUGCACAAUGUCGGCAGAGAAAGGUGCGUUGUCGAGGCGGUCCAGACAGUUGCGACGCGUGUAAUCGGCUGGGCUUUCGCUGCUCUUUGGCCACCCCAUCUACGCUAAUUUCACCACUAUCUAGUGGCAGUUCAAUUGCCCCUCGGAAAAGGGUGGGGAGAGCCUGCGAAGCGUGCCAUACCCGACGAGCUCGCUGCUCGGCGGAUACACCCAGCUGCGCUCGGUGCCGGCAGCUGGGGAUUCCAUGCAACUACUCACUUUCGAUCCGCCAGUACCGGGCACAGGAGCACAGUCGACGACAGUCACAUGUAGAAGAAGACCCUGUCGAGCAGCAGUGGCAAGGUGGGAUAGACGAUGUUGCGGGACGGAGCACACCGACGACUAUGGACGAGACGGCUCUGAGUGCGACCGGCGCGACGGACCAUGAUUGGGACGAGGUACUCGGCUGCGAGAAGACUGCUGCAAGGCAGCAUAUUGAUGCGUAUUUCGAGUUCAUUUACCCAGUUCAGGUGUACAGCUUUCUCCAUCGGGCGGAUCUACUCCAUCGAUAUUCCUCUGGAAGCCUCUCCGAAGUGCUUCUGCUGGCACUUUGCGGUGCCACCUCCCGUUUUCUUCCAUCAACCACUGUAAGAAUGGCGCAAGCGAAGUCUUGGAUCGAAAGAGCUGAGAGGACGGUUUUCCAGAGCCUGGGUAAAGUCGACAUGGCUCACUUACAAGCUCUAAUGCUACUCGUGUUCAACCGCAGUGGCAAUCAUCAAACGGGCAAAGUGUUCUACUUCUUGUCUCUUGCAGUCAGAAUGGCGUAUUUUCUGAAGCUGCAUAAGGAGGAUGACCGGCUACCCUUUAUUGAACAAGAGUCACGUAGGCGUCUUCUGUGGUGCAUCUUUGUGGCCGAUAGAUUCUGUAGUGGUGGCGUGCGGGAAUAUCUCCUCUUACCCGCUUCUUCGAUACACGUGCAGUUACCCUGUCGGGAUCACUGCUUCGACUUCGAUACGGCAGUCAAGUCUGAGCACCUACGAGACACCGCACGGGCACAGUCAGAGCUCCCACUCUGCGCCUAUCUCCUCCGUGUACUCGAUGUACGUAUGCGUGUCCUCCAGUAUUCGAAAUCGCUGCUCGAGACCUCAAGCAGCCCCGAGCAGUCAUUGGCACAAUUUCAGUCCCUCGAGAAAGAAAUCCGCGACAUCUACAAUUCGCUCCCCAACGAAUACCACUUCAGCCCCCGUGCUUUCCAGCUACGCGCCUAUUCGCCGACCCGCACCUCUUUCAUAGCGUUGCAUAUCUAUUGGCAUCAUUGCAACUGCGAGCUUUACCGGCUACUCAACCCUGGAUAUCGAGAGGCUCUACCGCAUGCCGUCAUUCAUUCGACUUCGCCGGACCUGGUCGCUUACGCCCAGUCAAACUGUUUGCAGCACGCUGUCUCGGUUGGAGAAAUCGUAGCGUCGACACACGGGUUCGUGGAAAGCGAAUUAUACAUCAGCGACAUCGCUCAAUUUGUCACCCUAUAUCAGGCCUCGUGCGCCAUUCUGUACGCAUGCCAUCGCGAUAGUCCAGCCUACAGCAUGGAUCCGGAAGCCGCCCGUCGUUACUUCACAGCCUUCAUCGCAACGCUCAGCAAGUCCACACAGUAUUUUCCCAGGUACCAGAUCUAUGUCCAGGACAUACAGAACAUGCUGAGGAGCAUCGACGACCCGAGCAGUCCGCUCCCGGUUCAGAAACACGCAACUGAGGUCGACUUUAGGGCGCGACCGCUUCCAGAAGAAAACUCCGACGGCGAGGGGUCCACGGACCCACCGCGUGUAGCUACAGCCAGCACUGUUGACAUAUUGCCCAACCGGCGGGUUCCUCAGCCUGCUGCUGUGGGAAUGGCGUCCGCUACCUUGCCUCCUGCUCUCAACGUCGUUCCGGAUAUACCAGCCCAACAAGAGGUUAUAACACCGGUUGAUAGCCACGACUUCUCUUGGCCAUACCUGGGGGCCACAGAGUAUGGAGCUGAUGCUGGGACGGACCAGGGCUUGUUGUGGGAUUGGGCGGAUGCGCUGUCGACCAACUUCGCAUGAAUUCGUGUAGUUGAAAAAUGGACUCUUGCAAGCGAAGGGGUGUUUUCUUCUCUAGCCGUGUUGCUUGCACUUGAAAACUGUGGCGCAUACCCUCCAGGUGGUAUUAAUAUUGUCUUUUCCGAUUGGUAGACGUAAUGUUUCCGAUGGGGUAUGCAG